AUGCCACCCAAACGCAAAAUCAGCACCUUCGACCCACCCAGCGACACAAGCCUCACCCUCUUCCUCAAACACACCGAACGCUACCCAGAUGGCCUCUCCCCUCUUCCUUCCCCAGGAAACGCAGCUUCAAAAUCUACAACCACUCUCUCCUCCACCACUACCACCCUCACGGAGCGCAAAAUUCCUCUCCCGGAAUCAGUGAAAAAUAUCGCGCUAGCGGUUCCGGUCGAUGUACAUGAUUUGAAAGCAGGAUGGACGGAAUUGGAAUUGGGAUUGGGGGAUACGCCGGAGAGUGUGGGGGUGAAGGAGGGAGGGGUGUUGGCGUUUAGGUUUCUGAGGGAUGGGGAGGAGGAGGAGGAGGAAGGAGAGUUUGAGGUUGCGUGGCCGAGUUAUGAGAUUUAUGAUGAGGGCGAGGGGGAGGGGGAUGAAGAAGCGGAGGAGAGAACGUUGGCGGGGGGUGAGGAGGAGGAGCUUUGA